AUGCUUUUGUUAGUGCAGCGAGCAGCUUACGAAGAGGCGUGCAAUAGGGAGAAGGCCGCGAUUCUGACUCAGUUCUACAUUCAGUCGGAACACCUUCGCACUCUAAAAAUGCAAACUCAAGCGCUUAAUUUCAAACUUGUCGCCACGGAGGCUGCCUUAAAGGCCAAUUCAAAAGUGAUGGAGGAUCGUUCACAAGAAGUCGUGAACUUGAAUCAUCGCUUACUCAUGUCUAAUAACUCGAAUGCUCACUUGAUGGAGUGUACAAAAACUGUCCUCCAUAAGGUCCUUGCCGACCUAUUGGAGGUAAAGGAAAAUUUAAGUAGCACUUUUGCCAACGAGAGUGACAUCACAGCUCUCCCAUUAGUGAGUAGGCUCCAGAUUCUGGAUCAGCGUAUAGCAGAUAUUAAUAAUAGACUUCCCGUCGUUCGGUCCCUGUUUGCACGAAAGUCUACAAUUCGCCGGAACGUAAAUCAAUGGAGUAGAGGCGCACAAACAUGUUGUAUGCGACACUUCCCAAUCAACGAGAUAAUUCCUAGUAUUAACGAAGAAAAGAAGCAACGUGUAGCCGUUCCUCACAAUGAGAUAAAGCAAAUCCUCGUGGAUCGAGACCCCACAGCGAGGGAUCGCAUUAAGAACGGGCGGGACCUUGGCGAGCGGCCUGGUUACAUUAAGGUGGAAAUGGCUGAAACGCAUCUUAGAAUUCCGAAAAACGACCACAAAGGUGUUUCAGUUGAGACUUCUAAUGAAGACCUAGAAAUUGAAACGGAGUCUGCUAACACGAAGACUGACCUUUCCAAAGCCAUCACUCCUGCACCCCAUUCUGAACGCAUGGCCAUGUAUUCAGAUGAAGAAAAGAGGUCCCAGUUGAAAGCGUCGGCUUUGGAUGUAGACCAUGAGGCGAAAAUUGCUCAAAUUGAGAGGGAUCUGCGUGAACCGACACAGCAGUUAUUUCUCAGGCCGCCGCUUGUUUAUCGACGUGCUUAUUCGAUUCCGCUGCGUCCGGAAGAAGUAUUUGCCCGUCCCGACGUCGAAACUGCGUCCGUGGGGAAAGCAGUUGUCCCAUCCAUCGGGACAACUGACAACCCCCCACAUAAAAUUCAGGCGCUUCCACAUGUUGGUGCCGAUAAAACCUCUCUUCUGAAUAGCCUAUCCAGCAGUCAGUUAGAAUCUGUACACGAAACCUUGAAGGAGUUGACAAUUCUUGCUAAGAAACUGGAAUAUGCCGAUAACUUCUAG